CUGGCUCGGGCCUGGCAGCGAGUGCUCCGCGCGCGCCGCUGCGGCCUCGGACUUGGACCCAGCUCUUGGACUCCGGCUGCAGGUCGGAGAUGUUACAGGCUGUGAGAGCUGUGGAUGAGGAAGAGGAACAUGCGGAGGAGGAUUGUCCUGAGUUGGUUCCCAUUGAGGCGAAGCGAGGGGAGGAGGAGGAACAGUAUGGCCCCGGCGCCAAGAUCCCAGUCACAAUUAUCACAGGGUAUUUAGGUGCUGGGAAGACAACACUUCUGAACUAUAUUUUGACGGAGCAACAUAGUAAAAGAAUAGCAGUUAUUUUAAAUGAAUUUGGGGAAGGAAGUGCAGUGGAGAAAUCCUUAGCGAUCAGCCAAGGUGGGGAGCUCUAUGAAGAAUGGCUGGAACUUGGAAAUGGUUGCCUCUGCUGCUCAGUGAAGGACAAUGGCAUUCGAGCUAUUGAGAAUUUAAUGCAGAGGAAGGGGAAAUUUGAUUACAUAUUGUUAGAGACCACUGGGUUAGCAGAUCCUGGUGCAGUUGCUUCUAUGUUUUGGGUCGAUGCUGAAUUGGGGAGUGAUAUUUAUCUUGAUGGUAUCAUAACUGUUGUGGAUUCAAAAUAUGGAUUUAAACAUUUAACUGAAGAAAAACCUGAUGGCCUUAUCAAUGAAGCUACUAGGCAAGUUGCUCUGGCAGAUAUUAUUCUCAUGAAUAAAACAGACUUAGUUCCAGAAGAAGAUUUAAACAAAUUAAGAACAACCAUUAGAUCAAUAAAUGGACUGGGGAAAAUUUUAGAAACACAAAGAUCAAGAGUUGAUCUCUCUAAUGUAUUAGAUCUUCAUGCCUUUGAUAGUCUCUCUGGAGUAAGUUUGCAGAAAAAACUUCAACAUGUGCCAGCAACACAACCUCAUCUUGAUCAGAGUAUUACUACAGUUACAUUCGAGGUACCAGGAAAUGUAAAGGAAGAAAGGCUAAAUGAAUUUAUUCAGAAUCUCCUGUGGGAAAAGAAUGUAACAAACAAGGACCGUCACUGCAUGGAGGUCAUACGGCUGAAGGGGCUGGUGUCAAUCAAAGAAAAACCACAGCAAGUGAUUGUUCAAGGUGUCCAUGAGCUCUAUGAUCUGGAAGAGACUCCAGUGAGCUGGACAGAUGACGCUGAGAGAACAAAUCGAUUGGUCCUUAUUGGGAGAAAUUUAGAUAAGACCAUCCUUAAACAACUAUUUAUAACUACUGUAACAGAAACAGAAAAGCAACAGAUAACACGUUUCAAAGAAGAUCAAGUUUGUAACACUGAAAGCAUUUCUUAUCAAAAAGUUUGAUAAAAUGAAAAGUUUCCUACUGCACAUAUUUCAAACAGCUAUUCUAUUCAUUAUUUCUGUGAUAAAUUCCAGUGUACCUUAAAAUGGUGUCUAUUCUGUAGAAGACCUAUAAUUUAGUAAAUUGACACUUUAAAACAUUUGCUAUUCAUAUAAUAGCUAGAUUUAUUUAUUUAUUUUUGAGACGGGUUUCACAAAAUAUUUUUCAGAAUUGGUUUGGGAGCUUAUAUAUGCUGAGUUUCUCAUCCAUGGAAGUUAGUUAUAAUAAUGAUAAUAAGAGGGGCCGGAGUUGUGGCAUAGAAGGUAAAGAUGCUGCCCUUGAUGCUGGCAUCCUAUAUGGGUGCUGGUUCAUGUCCUGACUGCUCCACUUCUGAUCCAGCUCCCUGCUAAUGACCUAGGAAAAGUAGCAGAAGAUGGCCCAAGUGCUUAGGUCCCUGCCACCCACAUGGGAGACCCAGAUGAAGCACCUGGCUCCUGGCUUUGGCCUGACCCAACCCUGGCUGUUGUGGCCAUAUGGGGAGUAAACCAGCAGAUGAAAAGUCUCUCUCUUUUUCUGGCUUUCCCUUUUUUCUCUGUAACUCUUUCAAACAAAUAAAUAAAUCUUUAAAAAAUAAUGAUAAAAUUUUCUGUAAUAUUGUCAUUUUCCCUUAAUAUUGUCAUUUUUUGUUAGCUGAUUGCAGAAACACAAUUAUUACGUUGUUAUUACAAAGUUUUUACAAAACAGUGUCACUAUUUUUAUUAAAUACAAGGUUUGUCACUAGAGACUUAAAAGUAGAAGAGAUUUUAAUUUUUUCUUAAAGAUUUAUUUAUUUACUUGAAAGGCAGAACAAUGGGAAGAAAGAGAAACAGAGACCAGGGAGAGACAGAGAGACAGACAGACACUGAUUCCAUCUGCUGGUUCACUCCCCAAAUGUCCUUCUGUGUCUCCCAAGUGGGUGACAGGGGCCCAGGCACUUGGGCCAUCUGCUGCUGCUUACCCAAGCACAUUAACAGGGAGCUGAAUCAGAAAUGGAGCAGAUGGGACUCCAGUCAUGCUCUAGGGUGGGCUUCUGGCAUUAUAAGUUGCAGCUUAACCUAGUUUGCCACAACACUGGCCCCAGAAAUCUUAUUUUUAAUCAAAGCUAAGCCUUACUGAUAGUUGGUAAUGAAACGUCAGCCAUUUAUUUUGUAAUAUAUUUGGAAGAUUUCAAUUGUAGAAUACAUUUUACUACUGAUAAUUCAUCUUGGUUUUUUUUUAACUUCUUUAGUUUUUAGUAUAAGCUCAAAAGCAAUGAGGUACAAAAUAUCAACUAUAACUGCAGAUGACUCUCGAUAGUUAAUAAUCUUUAUUUAAAUGGUUAGUGUGUAAGUAUACAGUGGCUCAAGUUUCUCCUAGUUCUACUAAAGGCUGAGUCACCAUCACUAUACUCAAAUUGUAAGGAGCAUAGAUGGAAUUUAGUGAAGAGUUUCACCAAAUUAAUUACCAAUUUCUUUUGAAAGUUUCCCUCAGAAUUUUAAAUAAAGGAGUUACAUCUGUAUGUUUUGAACAGUUACAGUGGAUAGGGGCAGAAGGCUGUUUGAUUAAGUUAUCACAAAUUGGUAUUGCUAUUGUGUUGUUUUGGUUAUGCCAAUGUGGUGAUCUUGAUCUCCCUUCCUUCUCCCUCUGUACUUUUUCUUUUUCUUUUUUUUUUCUUUGAGAGGCAGAGAGAAAGCUCCAUUCAGCUGUGCCACUCUCCAAGGGACUGUAGCAGCUGGAGCCAGGGAGUGAGCACUCAGUUCAGUCUUCCAUAUGGACAGCAGCAGCCUACCCACAGUUCACGUUUGAGAGAUAACUCUUUAUUUUUUUAUUUAUUUGACAGAUAGAGUUAGACGUGAGAGAGAGAAUCAGAGAGAAAGAUCUUCAUUCCGUUGGUUCACUCCCAAAAUGCCUGCUACGGGCAAUGCUGCGCUGAUCCAAAGCAAGGUGCUUCUUCCUGGUCUCCCAUGCGGGUGCAGGGCCCAAGGACUUGGGCCAUCCUCCACUGCCCUCCCGGGCCACAGCAGAGAGCUGAACUGGAAGAGCAGUAACCGGGACUAGAACCUGGUGCUCAUGGGAUGCUGGCGCCGCAGGCAGAGGAUUAACCAAGUGAGCCACGGCACUGGCCCUGAGAGAUAACUCUUACUGUGUGAGAGUGUGUUGUCCUGUAGAAAGUCUACUGAUCUUCAAGUCAAAUUUUUGCUUUAAUUCCCUCUUUGCUGGCUCUUGGCUGUGUAAUCUCAAGUUAAGUGUUUGUUCUGAGAAUGGUUUCCUUAUUUAUAAGAUGGAUAGUGGGCCAGCAUCGUGGCACACCAGGUUAAGCUGCCACCUGCAGUGCCAGAAUUCCAUAUCCAAGUACUGGUGCUUUGGCCCUUGCCAUCCACAUGGGAGAUCCAGAUGGACUUCCAGGCUCCUGGCCUUGGCUGGGACCAGUCGAGGCCGUUGGGGCCAUUGGAGAGUGAACCAGGUGAAGAAAGAUUCUCUCUCUCUCUGCCAGUCUGCCUUUCAAAAUGAAUAAAUAAAUCUUUAGGAAAAAAAAUUCAUAGUGAUAAUAUCAACCAUUUAAGAAGUAAAUUGGUUUGUAAUGUACCCAACUCAGCUGCUGGCACAUAGCAGAGCCUUGAUAAGUAUUUUAUUCUUCCUAACAAUUUAAAGUUGUUUUAUAAUUAAUGUGGUCACAAUAAUAAUAUUCUUUGGCAAAUAAUAAAUGUCUAAAGCUAUCUGUUAUAGAUCAUGAGGGAAGUUAUAAUCAGUUGUCCUAUUGUGGUAGCAGUGUAUGAAAUAAUAUUAAUGUGUACUUUUGAGUAUUUGUAAAGAUGAUAAAUGUUUUUUCUUCUAAGAUAUGAUUUUUUUUGUUACACACCUGUUGCAGGAAUAUAUAUGUAGGUUGUUAACAUGCAAACAUUAGAGAUGAAGACAGUCUUCCUUGGUCCUUCCCCUUCAUCCUUGUCCCUUUGGAGGGAUAAGCGACGUUCGUCCUUUCAGACAUGUCUAGUCACUCAUUCUAUCUUACAACAUGAAUAGUUUUCCUGGAAUCAGAGACACAGUUUAAGCUGCUUCUUCAAGAAACUAAGAAACUUUUCACAGAUAUCUCCAAGAGGUUUAUUUUUGUAACCUGUGUUAAAUAAAACAUUCUUUAUCUAUUAUAA